CGUGUGGAUGCAGCCACUGCGGAGAGUUGAUCAUCCCCGGCCAUGGAGUUCCUGAGGUCGCGCUUCCAACCCAAGGUGAUCUACAACCUCAUCAGGAAAUGGUCUGGAGUCAGUGGAAGAAGAGGAGGAUCUGUGGAUACAGCAUCACACAGCCUUUAUACACAACACAGACGAAUAACUCCUUAGGUUCCACUGAUCCCAUGAGUGAGAGCCUGCAGACCUGCUACAAAUACUUGAAUGAGACGGGCAGGAGCUACGCACCAAUCACCCAGACCUUGAAAGGGGAGCUUCGGCACAUAUUUUGUAUCCUCUAUCUGGUUGUGAGGGCUAUGGACACUGUGGAAGAUGACAUGACUAUCAGUCUGGAGACCAAGGUCCCCAUUCUGAAAAACUUUCACAACCUACUGUACCAGCCUGACUGGAGGUUCAUGGACAGCAAGAAGCAAAGUCGCCAAGUGCUUGAGGAUUUCCCAACUAUCUCUCAGGAGUUCAGGAACUUGGCUGUGGCCUACCAGGAGGUGAUUGCUAAUGUUGCUUGCGAGAUAGCGGAUGGAAUGGUGGAGUACCUACAGAAGCAAGUAGAGUCUGUACAAGAUUGGGACAAGUACUGUGACCAUGUAUUCGCUUCGGUAACACGUGGCAUGUCAGUAAUAUUCUUUGUCAAAGGUCUGGAGAAUCCCAUUGUAGGAGAGGAUAAGAGGCUCUCCACCUCUUUUGGUUUGUUCCUGCAGAAAUCCAACAUCAUCCGUGAUUUCCUGGAAGACCAGGUGAAUGGCCAAGCUUUCUGGCCAAAAGAGGUGUGGAGUAAAUAUGGGAAGAACUUGUGUGACUUUACCAAGCCGGAAAAUAUUGUGCCAGCCUUGCAGUGCCUGAAUGAGCUCAUCACCAAUGACCUGCAAUAUGUGCCCGACGUAUUUCUGUACCUGUCACAACUGAGAAACCAGAGUGUGUUCAAAUUCUGCGCAGUCCAGAUGAUGAUAGCUAUCGCUACAUUGGCCGCCUGCUACAACAACCAGCAAGUGUUUGAAGGAGUGGUGAAGAUCCAGAAGGGCCAGGUUGAGACUCUGGUGAUGGACAUUACAGAUAUGCAGGCUGUAAGAGCCAUCACACGUCAGUAUGUGGAGGAGAUCUACCGAAAGAUUCCCCCAACAGACCCGUCAUCUGAACAGACACAAAACAUCUUGGCUACCAUCAGGAAAUUAAGUAUGCCCAAUGACACCACAGAUUCCCCCCAAUAGAUCUGUUCUGCACCAUGCUGCAGGUGGCAGUACCUGAGCAAGCUGCAGGCAUUAAAGGAGGCCUUAAAGGACUCUUUUUAUUAUUUUGCUUUUCUUUGAGUAUUUUUACCCUGUUGGAAUAUCAAAUUGUUGUAAUACUAGUUUGUCUUAUAAAAAACCUUUGUAUUAUAUAAUGUAAAUUGGAACAUUUUCUUCUUUCCCAACUAUGUGUGUAAAAGGAGCAAUAACAAAACUAAAAUAAAAAUUACUUGAUUUAAAAAAUAAAAGGGACUACAUUAGACAGUCACCUAAUGGAUAAUAAAUUAUCAGCUGCGCCUGGAGUGGUAUGGGACAAGCUAAAAGCUUUUAUUAGGGGGAUGUGUAUAAAAAUAAAAUCAGUUUUAUUAAAACAAGGAACAGGCAGUGGGUUCAAGAGGCUGAGAGGGCGGUGGAGAAAGCGGAGGCGCUGUACUUUUUGGAUCCUACGCCCAAAUUUGAAGGGAAGUGGAAAGACGCACAAAAA